GACAACACUCGCAGUGAACACAUUGCAGCUUCGGACUCCCUGAGCCAACGUUCUUUAUAUCUCUCAGCUGUAAGCCUCAAGAGCAAGCAUGGCCCCAAUUCAGAAGCACAUUUCAUCUUUUACUGAAGAGAAUUCAGACAGAGCGACCAGCAAGACCUUCACAGCCAGCAGUUGCUUUAACACAGCCACAACGAGCACUUCAAGCAGCAGCAUAACAGGCAGUGACAGUGCUAUCGCCUCUGACCGUGACAGUCCAAGGAAUCGCAUCACCCACUUCGACAGAGACGGAGAGCGAGAGGUCGCGCUGCCCAUCACCUCACGAGGUCACUUCUAUCAUGACUCCUUCUUCAAGGAUCUCCGAGAGCAUUUCGAUGAUGCCGUAAAGGACACACUGGACCUGUGGAAUUCCAGGUCACCUUUCGAGGACGACCUGCUUUGCUACAGACGAAUGCGAGACCUCAACCUCACGGAAGAGACUCAGGCUCUUUCCGUCAAGCAGGACGACAACUCUCACCAGGUCGUGAUUGACGUGCGCGACUUCAUGGACGGCGACAUCAACGUGAAGGUCGUGGACGACAGCGAACUGGUGAUCGAAGGCAGCGUCGAGAAGCGACGAGAUGGCGCCGUCUCGAAGAAGACUUUCUGUCGACGCUUCUCAUUCCCGGGUCUCUUGAGCGAAGACACUGUGUCCUCGUCCAUGUCGGCAGAUGGAGUUCUUACUGUCACUGUUCCAAAGAAGAGUUCCUUGACAAACAACAAGGAGGGUCAAACUAUCAAAAUCACUGCCUCGCACAAAAAGUCUGCAGAUGCUACAAAGACUCACACGAACAUCACCAACAACGUCGAAACGAAACAAGCUAGUGUCGAAGGGAAAACAUCAAAAUCGUCUGGAGUAAAAGUGCAAGAGGAUCAGACUCAGUCGACGGAGUCUCAGAACACGCAGGACUCGAGCGACUCGACGCAGGCCAACCCACUUGCUUCCUUCCACCUUCUUCCCAUUUCGGAAAGAGGGCCUUUCUUCCGCGAUUCCUUCUUCCAGGACACUCGAAAGCAAUUCCAAGAAGCCGUCGACCAAGUCCUCAAAGAGUGGGGACAAGUGGACUCUGCGAGCGACCACAUGAACAUGUACAGGAACUUGCGAAAGCAGAACCUGCAGGAAGAGAACCAAGCCGUCGCCUUCAGCGAGGAUCACCAGUGUUAUAAGAUUGUGGUGGAUGCACAAGACUUCAAGGAAGGCGACGUCAAGGUCAAGGUGGUGGACGAGAAUGAGCUAACAAUCGAAGGCAAUUUGGAGAUCAAGCGAGACGAUUCCGUGUCCAGCAAGAGUUUCUUCCGCCGUUUCUGCUUCCCAGGACUCGUGAGCGCCGACACCGUGACGUCCGGGAUGUCAUCUGACGGCAUCCUCACUGUUACUGUGCCAAAGACAACAUCGGGAUCGAAGGCCAGUGCGGUUUCUGAAGCGUCAACAUCUCAGGUUUCCCAGACUUCAUCUCAAAACGCAAAAGAAAAACAAACUCUCACAAAGGCAUCCAAAUCAGAACAGCAAAGUUUUCGUUCCGAGUAUCAGAAUACAUCUACCAGAAGGACUGAAGCGACAUCGUCACUCGCAAGCAAAAUUACAAGUGAGGAAAACCAAGAAGGUGCCAAUAGCAGAAUCUGUGAAAGCGGAAGCUCGCUUCUAGAAAGCACACAGUCAAGCAAGGACGCAGUGGACGACCAGUGGCUUCCCAUCUCCUCGAAGGGUCAGUUCUUCUCUGAUUCCUUCUUCGAAGACGUCCGUAAGGACUUCGAAACAGCAGUCAAUGAAGUCCUCAGCAGGCAUGACAUCAUGAGGAGUGCCAACGACGAACUCUCCUGCUACCGAAGCCUCCGGGAACGUGAGCUCAAGGAUGAGACUCAGGCGAUGAAGACCACGGAAGAUCAACACGGAUUUAAGGUGGUGUUGGACGUCCACGACUUCAUGAGCGAAGACGUCAGAGUGAAGGUGGUGGACAACAAGGAGGUGGUGGUGGAAGGUCGUGCGGAGAAGAACGACGGAACCUUAAGGUCAAGCAAAAGCUUCUGUCGACGCUUCACUCUUCCUGGCGCAGUGGACAUGAAUGCUGUCACCUCAGCCAUGUCCUCCGACGGUGUCCUCACCAUCACUGCGCCGAAGAUUGCAAAUAAGAAAGGCACCCAAAAUAUAACACAGUGAAAACAUCAUCCGACAGUUUUGGUGCUUGUUGAUUUCUAAUAAUCAGAUAAUAUGUAUUUAUUUUUUAUAUGUAUUUUCUUAUGAAUUAAAAUUUCUUGAUCA